AUGAAUUCACUUGAAAUUUUGACACUGAACUGUCAGGGUCUUAGAGACAUUGAAAAAAGAAGAGAUGUUUUCAACUAUCUUAAACAAAAAAAACACCACAUAUAUUGUCUUCAGGACACGCAUUUCACGAAAAACAUUGAAAGUUACGUAACUGGUCAAUGGGGCUACAAAUGCUUUUACAAUUCUUUUUCAAAUAAUUCUCGUGGAGUUGCAAUUUUGAUGAACAAUAACUUUGACUUUGAGAUAUCUAAACAAUACAAUGAUGAAGGUGGAAAUCUAAUCAUUUUAAAUCUAAAAAUAGAAAACGAAGCUUAUACACUAGUCAACUUAUAUGGUCCGAAUCAAGAUAAACCUUGUUUCUAUGAACAUCUUUUCUUAAUGUUGGACGAGUUUGGCAAAAUUAUUAUUUGUGGAGAUUUAAACUUGGUUUUGAACCCGAACAUUGAUACUGAAAACUAUAGAAAUAUUAAUAAUCCUAAAGCUCGCCAAUUUCUGAUCCAACAAAUCUCAUCAAAUCAUCUACAUGAUAUCUUCCGAACUUGCAACCCGAAUUUAAGAAAGUAUACUUGGAAAAGAAAAAAUCCCCUAAAAUUAGCUAGACUAGAUUAUAUCAUGGUUUCAGAGAACAUAUUACUAAAAGUUGAUAAGGUCAAAAUUGAUAUAAAAUAUAGAUCUGAUCACUCACCUGUUAUCUUUAAAAUUAGCUCCAAUAGAAACAGGAAAAGGUAUAUGGAAACUGAACACUUCAUUACUGAAAGAUAA